AUGCUAAUUCCUAAGUCCUCUGGGGUACAUCGCUUUGCUUGUUUAUCUCUCUAUCGAGCUCUCCUGCGACAAUGUUCUCCCUUGGCCGAUAGCCCGCCGUGGCGCGGCGAGACAAGAACUCUCGUCAAGCAAAAAUUUCGGAAAUACAGAGGACUAGAUAGUCCUACCCAGAUAGCAAACUCCCUUCAAGCCGGCUAUCAGACACUCGACCUGCUAGGAUCCGCUUCCAAUGGCAACGGCCAAGAUGCCAGCAAACUCAGCACCAUUCUUGAACAGGCUAGACAAGCGAAAGUGGAAUUGGUGGCACAACAAAAACGACUCAGGGAGGAGAAGGCACCGAAGCCCCUGUCUGCCAAAGAUUUACGGAAACUGGAAACGAAGCGUUUCGAGGAAAAGACCCGAGUGCGUCAUCCAAAUACAUCUUCGAUCUUAUCCCGUCCACAUCCGGUGAAAGGCGUGCGCAAAAUACCAGUCCUGGUCAAUGCACGGGGACUGCCUUUCUUGCGAAUCAAAAAGCCGCAACCGACAAAUGUUAGCGGUGUCAUACGGCAUAAACUGGAAAGACGGUGGAAGCGCAUCCUGCGCCGAGACAGAUUGACAAUCGAUCUUCUUUUCGCUAAAGACGAGGAUAGUUGGGACCAGAUGACGGGUGCUCAGGAGCCAUCUACUUGGGCACGGCAUUACCAACUAGGUCUCACUGAAGUAUUUGACCAGAUUCGUGAAUCGGAUGAAGCCGCUGCAGAACUGGCCCAAAAAAUGUGGAAUGUCGUACUCAAGGAGCGCGCUAUGGCAGAGGAAGAAGAAAAAGCGAGGCGUGCAGGAGAUGAUUCUCUUGCAGGCCGAGAUUGA